AGUAAUGGUAAUAUUAAUGAUGAUUUGAAAAAGAGAGAGAGAGAGAGAGAGAGAUUUCGCAGAAGGUUCCCUCGCAGCAUCAGCAUCAGCAUCGCAUCGUUGCCGGCCAUCGAACGCCAAUAGGAUUAGGAAUAGUAGUAAUAAAGAAAGAAGAAAGGUGGAUCGAAGGCUUGGUUGCUGGAUCUGCGCCUUCAGUUGAGGAAAUGGGUUCGGUAGAGGAGAAGAUAGGUCCUCAUCACUUUCCUGACGAAGACGACCACACUCCCUUCCACUCUUCUUCUCCAUCUGCUUCCAUCUCUAAAGUUCACACUUUCAAUUUCGAGACUUCCGUCGUUGAUUUCCGCAGGUCUUCCAUCUUCAACGUUACACGUAUGAGCAGGAGUGUAUAUGUCGUCUUGAUUAAAGCUAAGAUCAACAUGUUGCUUCCCUUUGGUCCACUCGCCAUUUUGCUACAUUACCUAACCGGUCACCAUGGAUGGGUCUUCUUCUUCACUUUAUUGGGUAUUACUCCUCUUGCAGAACGUCUGGGCUAUGCUACCGAGCAGCUUGCCUUCUACACAGGACCAACAGUUGGGGGUCUUCUUAACGCCACGUUUGGCAAUGCAACUGAAAUGAUUAUAUCCAUUUAUGCAUUGAAAAGCGAUAUGAUAAGGGUUGUUCAACAAUCUUUACUUGGUUCAAUCUUGUCAAAUAUGCUUCUAGUUCUUGGCUGUGCAUUCUUUACUGGCGGUCUUGCCCACUACAAAAAAGUACAGGUUUUCGAUAAGGCAGCUGCUGUUGUCAACUCUGGGCUACUCUUGAUGGCUGUAAUGGGAACACUAUUUCCUGCGGUGCUUUACUUUACUCACUCAGAACUCCAUCAAGGGAAGUCAGUCUUGUCUCUAUCAAGAUUUAGCAGCUGUGUAAUGCUAGUGGCCUAUGCAAGCUACCUUUUCUUUCAACUUAGAAGUCAGCAAAAUGUUUAUAGUCCGGUUGAUGAGGAAGGAGAUAAUGGUCAAAAUUCUGAUGAGGAGGAAGAAAUUGAAUUAACUCAAUGGGAGGCAAUAAUCUGGCUUGCUAUUUUAACAGCAUGGGUAUCUGUAUUGUCUGGAUACCUUGUAGAUGCCAUUCAGGGAGCAUCUGACUCACUGAAUAUGUCAGUGGCUUUUAUUUCUGUCAUCUUGCUUCCAAUUGUAGGGAACGCUGCAGAACAUGCCAGUGCUAUCAUGUUUGCCAUGAAGGACAAGCUUGAUAUCACUAUCGGAGUUGCUAUUGGAUCAUCUACACAGAUAUCUAUGUUUGUGAUCCCCUUCUGUGUGGUUGUUGGAUGGUGCAUGGGAAAAGAAAUGGACUUGAAUUUUCAACUCUUUGAGACUGCCACACUUUUUAUCACUGUGCUGGUAGUUGCAUUUAUGAUGCAGGAAGGAACCUCAAAUUAUUUUAAAGGCUUGAUGCUUAUUCUGUGCUAUCUUAUAGUAGCUGCCAGUUUUUUCGUACAUGUAGACCCUAAAAGUGGUGAUGACUAAAUAUUAGUGUAGGUGUGGCAGUUCUCAAUGCUGCAUUUCUUUACCAUUUUCUGUAUCAGAAAGGUAGCAAGCAGGGUUUUUGAAAGGGUUCAAGAAAAUUCUUCAACCUGCUUUCAACAUGACCUGGGAACCCCCGAAGUGAUCACGAGCAAUUUACUGUACUGAAAUUUUUUAGCCAUGUAUCAUAUUGAAUUUUGAAAGUAUGUUAUCUGUAUUAUUUUUAUCUCCAUAGUUGUCAUUCAUUCACCAUAAAAUCUUGUAGCCUUUCGGCUCUCAUAUCUCCAAUGAAUCACGUUGAAAGUAACCAAUCAUUGCAAAUCUUUCUUUCA